UCUUUUAUGUAUAAGAUGUUUUUGGAGAAUAUCAAAUUUAUCUUUAGAUUAUCAUGAAGCCCUUCUUUUGCAUGAGAUGGAGGCAACACAAAUGGGAAGUAAAAAGAUGAUGGUGUUAUUUCUUAUAUUCUUCACCUCCUUGUAUUUUUUAGCUUCUUCAUCUCCAGACCACAAGGUUUUUGUUUCAGAUUCUCUGCAGGAGGAUAUUUUUGGACUUACAGGAAGACAUGAAGAAAAAAUCAAUGGUGUUGACAGUGAUGGAGCUUACAAUGGAAGAAGUGGCAUUCUGCAUAGCAGCAGCCAUCGAUCAACUGGGGCAGGCAUAAAUGGAGGAGCAAAUGCUGGGCCAGCUGAAAAUGGAAAUGGCAAUGGCAAUUCACAAGGAGGAACAGCAGCUAACCCUGUUAUAGUAGCCGGUGCUGCUAAUAAUAAUCGCCACCAAAACCCCCACUGCAGUGCUGCUAACUGCAACAGAAACUGCAUAAGAUUUUCCCCUAUGAUUAUGGCCACCUUAGCUGCUGUUACUUUGCACAUAUAAAUGUAAUAUUUAGAUGCAAACAUACGAUUAAUCCAAUCCAUUAUCCUAAGAUGAUAGAUCGUUUUGACUGUAUUAUGUACCUUUCGUUCGUGGAUUCCUGUUUGCAGCCUUUCUGUAAUACCAAUUCUUGCAAGUCAAUAAGCCUGCGCUCUGCAGCUUGUGAACCAUAUAUAUA